UACCAUCACUAUUGAAGGCGCAAAAUUUUUGUUUUGGUAAAACUAUAAGUUUUGUAGAUUUUUGUCAAAUUUAUAUAUGUAUAAGUUUAAGUUUAUAUGAAAAAUUGCAUUAAUUAUGUCCAACAGUACUUCUGCCAGAAAUUUUGUUCCAAUAACAAGCAAAUAUGAUAGAGUUGUCCUUCUUGUGGAUAUGGAUUGUUUCUAUUGCCAAGUUGAAGAAAAAUUGGACCCUUCCUUAAAGAAUCAACCAUUGGCUGUGGUGCAAUAUAAUGCGUGGAGAGGAGGCGGAAUAAUUGCAGUAAAUUAUGCCGCCCGCGCGAAAGGUGUUACACGGCAUAUGCGAGGAGAUGAAGCUAAAGAACAAUGUCCUGAAAUCCAAUUAGUUAAAGUACCUAAUGUCCGUGAAAAAGCCGAUUUAACAAAAUAUCGGGAAGCUGGCAAGGAAGUAGCAAAUGUAUUGCAGCGUUUUACUCCACUUUUAGAAAGAGCAUCUGUUGAUGAAGCCUAUCUUGAUAUUACAGAUUCUGUCAACAAACGGCUCCAAGCAAUGAAUGAUGGCACAUUCGUAUUGCAACCUCAGGAGUUGGUAAAUACUUAUGCUGUUGGUUUCUCAACAAUCGAAGAGUUUGUUACAACAAUUACGUCCAGUUUUAUUACAAAUCCUUUAGCAGAUGACGAUAACUUCUAUCGUAAUUUCCAUGAAAAUGAUAUUCCAGCUGUACGACAGAGUAAUAUUCGUUUACUGUUAGGAGCUUCCAUUGCAAGCGAAAUUCGAAGUGCUGUAAAAGCGGAAACUUCAUAUGAGUGUUCAGCAGGCAUUGCACAUAAUAAGAUAUUGGCAAAACUAGCUUGUGGUAUUAAUAAACCCAAUAAGCAAACUAUUUUACCUUUAGCGCAAAUCUCUGGUUUGUUUGAAACACUACCAGUUGGAAAAAUAAAAGGUCUUGGCGCUAAAUUUGGAGAGGAAGUGUGUGAACGUUUAAGUGUUCGUUACUUAGGUCAGUUGUUAAAAUUUACUGAGGCUGAAUUGCAAAAAAAAUUUGAUGAGAAAAAUGGCACAUGGCUCUAUAAUAUAUGUCGUGGCAUUGAUCCUGAAGCUGUAACUCCACGUUUUUAUUCAAAAAGCAUUGGAUGCUGUAAGAAGUUUCCUGGCCGUAAUAAUAUUACCGGCAUAAAAACUCUACAACAUUGGCUAAACGAAUUGGCAAAUGAAAUAAAUGAAAGAUUGGAAAAGGAUAUAUGUGAAAAUAAUCGACGGGCAAAACAAAUGGUUGUUAAUUUUAUACAAGAAUUUGAUGGUGAAGAAGUAUCAAGUUCUCGAUCAGCUCCUCUACAAUGUUAUGAUACAGAAGUAUUGGCAAAAGCAAGUUUGGAAAUUAUAAAAGCUAAUACAAAACAAUUUUUUCGCUCUGGCAGCGAAAGUGUUCUUAAUAAUCCAAUUAAGUUUUUAGGAAUAAGUGUCGGUAAGUUUGAAACUAUUUCAAAUUCACAAAAUAACAUACAGCAAAUGUUCGCACAACAAGCGGCGAAAAAGCAAAAAGUCAAAAUUGAUAACAAGGAUGAAACCAAUACUUCGUCAGAAACUUCUAAUUCUACUGCUAAAACCGAAAAUGAAUUUAUAAAUAGUAAUGCAAUCAAGGAAGUAUCAAAAGAGUCAAAAAAUCAAAGUGUGAAAAGUUUUUUCUUAAAUGCUUUAAAGAAUGAACCACAAAAAGAACAUAAAACUGUAAUAAUAGAUCAUAGUAAUAUGAAUGGAAUUACUAAACCAACCUCAUCUAGUCAAGUUGGUAUAGUAACUAAGCCCCAAGAUAAGUUUUCAAUAUCACGAAAUGAUAGUAUCAAGCCAGUGCCACAGAAUAGUUUCUUUUCAAAAGUAUUAAAAAAUAAUAAAGAAUCAACAAAAAGCAUAGCAUCAAGUAGCUCCACAACUAAAGAAUUAGAUAUCACUAGUACUUCAAAUGUUAAUAUAAGUUCUAAUGAAUUAAACGAUUUAAUUGAUGAUAUUAACGCUAUUCAAAGUGAAGAAAAUAUACAAAAUGAAAAUAAUACUUUGUGUAAUAAUUUAAUCAAUACAGAGUUACAAGUAAAUUCUAAAGUUUCCAAUCGUCAUGAAAAUAAUCUUUCAAAACCGAAAAGUUUCUUUGCAAGAGUAUUAAAGAAGAAUGAUGAUGUAUCGAAAAGCUUGGAUUCAAGUAGCUCCACAACGGAAAAUAUACCUAGUAAUUCAAACUCAAAUGACACUUCUAAUAAAGUAAAUGAUAUAAUUAAUAAUAUAAAUACAAUUGAAAGUGAAGAAACAGAUUAUAAUUCAAUGAAACAAUAUGAAAAUAAUCCAUCGUAUAAUAACUCAAUUAAUGAAGAGGUUGCCAUUUAUGAUUCAAAUACUCCCAUGUCAAAAACUGCGCCUAUAAAUAUGAAACGAAAAUAUGAUGCAAUUACAGAUAACGAGGAAAAUAAACCAACAGAUUAUAGGUCUCAAUAUGCAGAGUUUGCCAUACCGGAGUUUAGACCAGAAUUUUUGGAAUUUACAAAUUGUUCUAAAUGUGGCGCUAAAAUUCUUAAUGAUUCAACGUCAAUACAGACUCAUCAAGACCAUCAUUUUGCCCAAGAGUUGAGUCAACAGCAACGCCAUGAAUUUAGAGAUGAAAUUCGUACAAAAAUUAAUUCAUCAAAAUCUCCACCUAAUAAUGUAAACAAUAAAAAAUCUAAAAAAGUUCAACAUCUGAACAACUCAAUCAAAAAACCAAAAAAUGCUGAUAUAACAAAAUUUUUGAAACCUUCAACUAUGUCUUCUUCAUCAAUUUGUGAACAAAAUCAAAGUUCUGAGAAUAGUAAUAUUAAAAACAUGGAAAUAUGUGACAUUUGCAAGUUGCCCAUUAGUAUUGAUGAAAUUUUAGAACACAAAGAUUUCCAUAUGGCCAAAGAUUUACAAAGAAAGCUCAAUCAAUUAGAAGUUAAUACUGUUGAGGUUGUCAAAAAACCCGUUUCUAAUUUGUCACGAAAAAGUUUGAAUUCUUCAAUGAUGGCACCAUCGCGAUCGGCCAAAGUUACUGCUAAACCUAUAACACAAUUUUUCACACAAUCCAAUAUGUAAGAUUAAAAUGUAUACGUAUUAAACAUAGUAUUUCCUGUGUACAAGUACAAAGUUUUAAACAAUAAACUGGAAAGCUUUUUUAUA